AUGCAGUUUCUUCAGAAAUUGGGUUUCUUCUGCAUUCAUGCAAGUGUUCUUCUUCUUCUUGUUUCACCACUCGUCAGCUCAUCUCAAGAACACACAAAAGGUGCAAGCAGUCACAAGGACAACAAUAUUCAUGAGCAGACGAGCCACAAACUAUUGUUUGAAAUCACACUCCAUGGGUUUCUUCUUUGGGCUUCAAUGGGGUUCUUGAUGCCUCUAGGAAUACUUGCCAUUAGAAUGUCACACAGAGUGGAAUGUGGAAGAAGGCUCAGAAUUCUCUUCUAUGUUCAUGGCUUAUCAGAGCUGCUCUCCGUACUUCUUGCAACAGCAGGAGCAGUAAUGUCCUUCAGAAACUUCAACAACUCCUUCAAUAAUAAACACCAAAGGGUUGGGGUAGGCCUGUAUGGUCUAAUAUGGUUGCAAGCGCUGAUAGGGUUUGUGAGGCCAGAGAGGGGAUCCAAGGGAAGAAGCAUAUGGUUUUCUGUGCAUUGGAUACUUGGAAGUGCAGUUUCCCUGCUUGGGAUCCUCAACGUAUAUACAGGUUUACAAGCCUACCAUGAGAAGACAUCAAAAGGCAUAAGGCUUUGGACCAUAAUUUUCACUGCUGAGUUCUGUUUCAUUGCCUUCUUCUACCUAUUCCAAGACAAAUGGGUGUAUAUACGAAAGCAAGGAGUGAUUUUGGGUAGUGAGCCAGUAAGGCCCACAAUAGAUCAAGUGGUUUUGCCACCAGAAAAGCAAAAGGAAUUAGUGACAGAUUCUUGUUAA